AUGGAAUGCGUUAGAAAAGCACGUUUGUGCUGGGAGUGUAAAGAACAAAAGCGCGUCGUAGCAGAACAGAAGCGGCCGUUGCACGCCACUGCUAACGCUUUUGAUAACGACGUGCCUCUCUCUUUGUUCCCUCCCGAUUCAGCUGAACAAUUGCGUUGUAGUGUUAGCCUUCAGUGUGGGAAUGUUCUAGAUUCUUUGGAGUUUGUUAGGCAAUCUAGGUGCAAAUUACUUGUGUCUUCAAUAGAAUGCCAGGUACAACGCCCUAGGGAAGUAUUAGCUCAAGAAGAUGAGAGGGGUAGAAGUUUAGAGCCCGAAACAUCUGAGGAUGAGUGGCGGAAGUCUCGAGCUAGAUCUCUUAGGAGAAAAGCAAUGACUGCUUCAACAAGACUCACUUAUAGUCUCAGGAAGCGUAAUACACGUGUAGCAGAUAGUGAAUUUACUUCAAUUUUCAUAGAAGAUGUCCGCGAUGCUAAUGAGGAAAAAGCUGUGAAUUCAUUUCGUCAGGUGCUACUUACAAGAGAUUUGCUUCCAGAUUCCCAUGAUGAUUAUCAUACAAUGCUGAGGUUUCUGAAGGCCAGGAAGUUUGACAUUGAUAAAACAGUCCAGAUGUGGGCAGAUAUGCUCCACUGGAGGAAGGAGUAUGGAGUAGAUUCUAUUUUAAAGGACUUCGUGUAUAAGGAGUAUGAAGAGGUUCAAUGUUAUUAUCCUCAUGGUUACCAUGGUGUGGACAAGGAGGGCCGGCCGGUUUAUAUUGAAAGACUCGGCCAAGUUGAACCCAGCAAGUUGAUGAGUGUCACAACAGUAGAUCGAUUUUUAAAAUAUCAUGUUCAGGGAUUUGAGAAAAUGUUUAAAGAGAAAUUCCCAGCAUGCUCUAUUGCAGCGAAGAGGCAUAUAGAUAAAACCACGACAAUACUUGAUGUGCAAGGCGUGAAUUGGGUGAGCUUUAGCAAAGUUGCACAUGAUCUUGUUAUGCGCAUGCAAAAAAUUGAUGGUGAUAACUACCCUGAGACAUUAAGCCAGAUGUUCAUUGUUAAUGCUGGUAGUGGGUUCAAGUUACUAUGGAAUACUGCAAAAGGUUUUAGGCAGCAAGUUUCAAAGCAGAUUGUUAGAGAUUAUAGACUCAAGAUUUCCUUGGUGGCAGUUGUUCGUGCCCAAAUGAUGGAGGUUGUAUUAGAUCUAACAGAGGACCUUGGAAUGAUCCCAACAUUUGGAAAGUAUGGCAUCAUUAGGUUUCCACAUUUAGAAGCAAUGAAGCUGACAAAGUUUGGAAGUUCUUCUGUUGCUAAUGAGGUUGAUGUGAAGUCAUAUGCCAGCAAGGUUACAAGCUCUGAAAUAUCUGAAACUGAAUCAGUGUCGGCAGCAAGAUUGACUCCUUUAGCUUUGAUACAAUCUGUUCCUUCUAGUGCUAAAGGGGAUUGGAGUUUAUUGCACUUCAAUUCACAAUUACAACUUAUGGUGCACCUCACCUUCUGCGAAACAGAUAUUGAAGCAGGCUGUUUAGGUGUUGUGGUUACAGCAGGCAUUGUCAUGUCAAUGGUUUUGAGCAAAGGAUGUGGGGACUACACAAGACAAUUUUUCCAUUCAAUCCUAGUAGGUGAUUUAGGGAACAGAAUGGGGGAUGGUGGAUGCUGCUACGAUUUACAUGCUUGGUCAGUUGAGUUUGUUUAG